AUGGCACUGAAUCAAGUAACAACGGACAUCAACGCCAGGAUGAAUAACGUGUUCAACGACCUGAGUACCAAGUACGACAAUGUCGCCAGCCACAUGAGGUGGAUGGAUGUUCAGAUUGCUCAAACUGCCAAGAGUGUUAAGAGGCAGCAAGAAGCUCCAGCCGCUGAUAACGAUUCAGAACAGUCUGUCGAGGUUGAUCCUUCUAAAACAGAACAGCCUGCUGAGGUUGUUCAACCACGCACUGAGCCUGUUCCUGUUCGCAAAUACACACCCAAGGUGCCAUAUCCCGUUCCGGCAAAAGCUACUCGUAAGGAUCGAGAGGAGAUGAAAUGCAAGAAGAUGCUGGAAGACUUGACCAUCAAGCUUCCCUUGAUUGAUGCGAUCCAAAUGAUGCUUUAUAUGCGCAGCCUGAUGAAGGGAUUGAUCUUCGUGAAAAUAUCGGAGGACAGUGAUUUCAUGAUCGUUUCUAAGAAAUGCAGCUCAGUGCUUCAGAACAAGACAAUCAGGAAACUGGGUGAUCCGGGCAAGUUUGUUCUCUCGUUGCAGAUUGGGAGAACAGUCUUCUCGUGUUCUCUGGUUGAUCUUGGAUUGAGCGUAAAUCUCACACCAUACUCUAUAGCAAGACGUUAUGUUCCAAUCUCAUACCAUACUCUUUAG